AUGACUUCUGCCGCCAUAAGCACAUUACCACAUCCGAUGAUUGGGGUACCGCUUUUUGAAAACCCCCUCGACAUCCCCGUCCUCACCAUCCACUUUGUGGCCGACGAGAAUCCCGAAAAUUUGGGAGACCCAAGAGCCGGCCUCGAACCAACCAAUCACUGGUCUCUCUUCCUCGCCACCGGAUCGGCUUCAUCUGUGCGCGUCGAAGUGGUUCCCAACGCGCCAGGCUCGCCUGGCAUGGUCGUACUCGAGAGCAAGCGCUGCGCUGUCACGGGCACAACACCUGACGUCCUGGAGGUCAUUAUCGCGAAGAAGAGGGACAAGUACAUCCUCGCGCCCGUCGGCGAGGGAUGCCGGUUUUGGCUGCAUACCGUCGUCGACGAUCUGGCCGACGCAGGCAUCGUUUCGCGGGCCGAUGCGGUGGAGACACAGGAGUGUCUUGCCAAAUAUUGGUUCUUCCCUAAGGGCACGGGCUCGGUUGCCCGGCCUAUCACAAAGGGUACUUUCUUUGGAUGA